AUGUUAAGGAAGGCUCAUGUGGAACUAGAGUUCCAUGUAGGCCAAGAAAGGCCAGUCGAUGACUCUGAUAUAAAAAAUCUUUUGUAUCUUCAAGCCAUCAUCAAAGCAACCCUACGCCUUUAUCCAGCUGGUCCUCUAAUAGGACCACGAGAAGCCAUGAACGAUUGCACCGUUGCCGGCUACCAUAUCCUAGCCAGCAUUCGCUUGAUUGUAAAUGUGUGGAAAAUUCAAAGAGAUUCAAGAGUGUGGUCAGAUCCAUCUAAAUUCUUACCAGAAAGGUUUCUCACAAGCCAUGCGGAUACUGAAGUUAGAGGCCAACAGUUCGAACUCCUUCCAUUUGGCUCGGGAAGACGUUCAUGCCCUGGUGCAUCACUUGCUCUCCAAGUUCUUCAUCUCACACUAGCCUUUGAAUCAACCCGUUGA